AAUAGACGUUAUUGUGCGUCGGUGCACCAUUACUGUAACACCACCGUGGGCUCUAAAGCCACAGAGUUGAAUGUAGUUUCUUAGCUUUGGACUGUAAUGUAGGAUUUAGCUAAAGCAGAAACCAGACUCCUGGUUCCUCCCUGUCACGGAACUCUCGGGGAGGGAGCUGCAGUGAGAAGAUGAAGUGUUCAAGUUGUGGCCAUUUUAUUGGGGAAAAGACAGCCAAGUUCUGCAGUCAGUGUGGCCAGAAGCUGCAAGACCAACCUACAAACACACAAGAUGCAGAGAGUCAGCCCACAUUCUUGGAAGCAGAUUCAAAAGGUGAAACUGAGAAAUCAGUUUCACAGAAAGACCGCAAAGAGGCCAACAAAUCCCCCAAACGACUGAAUGAAGAAAUUAUUAGCACCCAAAAGAAAAAGAAAAAAAAGAAGAAGAAGAAAAAGAAGAAAGAAGGCAUCAGAUCAUCAGAUCAAGAUCAGUGCCUGACUGGGCUGUCAUACGUCUCUCUGGAGGACAACCAGGGGAUGAAGGAUGGAUACUCAUCUGACAGUGAAAGCUCAAACAAUGCAGUGGAUGAAACAACAGACUCGCCUCAAGAUGAGUUCACCUCAAUGGAGAGCCAGCCUACUUCCUUAGUAGACAGCAGCACUGCUGCACUGCCUGAUGGCCCACAAGCCAUUCAAAAUGAGGAGACUGCUGCUACAGUGAAGCUGGCAGAAGAAGCUCCUGCAAAUUCUAAUGAAUGCAACACCCAGAAAUUGGCUGAGGAUCAGACACUCCAGACAGCACAAGCUGACACUCAACAUUCCACAUCAGUGUGUCAGACAGGUAAAGAGACAACGGCCACUACUCCUAAAGAUCAAAACCCUGACGGGAAAACCUUUAACGAAGACACACUCACCACUGAACAACAACCUACACUAGACGAAAAUACCAGAGAGUCAAAUGUGGAACAAAUGGGACAAACCAAAGGCAAAGGAAAGAGUCAGCAGAAUCCAAAAAAGAAGCAAACUGCGGCAGCGGAAUCAAUGGUUAUUGGCCAGAAAAUGUCACCAAAGGUUGUCAGCAGAGAUUCAAGUAUGGAGCUGGACGUGACAGAAGACCAUGUGUUGGCUCAGCAGCAAUCUGGAAGUGGGCAGCUCUCAACCCCAGUAAAAAUCUCAGACAGUAACAAGAGAAAAAAAAAGGAUAGGGAAAAGGAUAACACAAAAUCCAACACUACAUCUGACCCACCAUCCAAAAGACAGCCUAGUUCUGUGGUAGCGGACAGUACUGCUGCACCGCCUGAAAGCACAGAAGUCCUGCUUACUGAGAAAACUGCCGUUACAGAGGUGCAGGGAGAAAAAGCUUCCACUGACUCUAAUGAGAGCAAUUCACAGAAAUCAGCAGAUGAUCAGACACUCAAGACAGCACCAGCCAACUCUCCAACUUUACAUCCCACAACAGAGGACAAACCUGGGCUUUAUCAGUCAGGUGAUGGUAAAGGGAAGAAGGCCACUAAAAAUCAAAAGGCUGACAUGAAAACCUCUAAGAAAGACACAAUCACCACUCAACAUCAACCUACACUGGACAAGAAUGCCAACAUAGAGUCCAAUAUGAAACAAACUAAAGGCAAAGAAAAGAGUCAGCAGGAUUUGGAACCGAAGCAAACUGAGGCAAAGAUGGUUUUUGGCCAGCAAACAUCAAAAGUUGUCAGCACAGGCUCAAGUGUUGACCCGGAAGUGAAGUCUGGAAGUGUGCAGGAGUCGACCCCAGCACAAACCUCCAACAAUGACAAGGGAGCAAAAAAGAACAACGGAAAGGACAACAAAGAGUCCAACACCACCGCUGAACCACCACCCAAAAGGCUGACCACAAGGUCCAUCGCUGUCCACGAAAGACUCACAAUUUACUUCCACGCUGUUCUCUCAAAGGAUUUCAAAUUUGAUCCAGAAAAAGAUCGUAUAUUCAUCAGAGCUGGUUCUCAGCUCGGGUCAUGGGAUGACAAUUUAGCAGAGCUGUCUGUGAGCAGGAAUCUUGGAGAACAUGGUUUUCUUGUUGAGGGUACACUGAUAACAGACAAAGACAAAGCUGUGUCUGUGUCAAUACCAUACAAAUAUGUUGUCUAUGACAGCAAAAAGGAGAAAUAUGAGUAUGAGUUCAUAUACAAAAUAGACGAUGUUAAAGAGACUACCAACAGAUGUUUGUUUGUGAAGUCUGGCCUCCUCAAUGAAGAAGGAGACUGGCAUCAAUAUGAUGACAUCAUCUGUGUACAGCCAUCAAAGAGUGUGAUCAAACGCAUUAAAGAAACCUUCUGGCCUGAGCAGAGGAAGAGUCUGAUUCAAGGCAGAGAGAUCGCAGGGAAUAUAAUGCUGGAGACGAUAUUUGAUCUCCUAAGGAGCUGGAGUGAUACCAAUCUGCGAAGCUUUCUGAUCCAAUUGAAUCAGUUCUUUGAAGUUUAUGGGGAGCCUUUUGUUUAUGAGGGGACACAUAAGAAGUGGUACUCUUUAAACUAUGGAAAAGAUGAUGUGAAGAAGUUGCUGAAGGAGUUCAUGCUGAAAAACAUGAUUCCUCAGUUGCUGAAAGAUGGAGAUGGGAAAAUGCUGUACAUUCAGGAUCCUCUGAGGGCGGCCGUGAUUAUGCUCAGUGUAUGUAGACAGUAUGGAAUCCAUCUAAAUAAUGGGGAGCUUCAUCAGCUCUGCUCCACACUGUGCCUGCCCAAACGAAGCAAAGAUGAAUUCCUUUCCUACUGGGCAGAUUUUUCAAAGGAUGUCUCCAUUAUAAAAAAUUUUCCAGAACAUUUGGUGCAACUGAUAAUCUCGGUGAAAAAAUUGGGAAUGACCCGGUGGAUUCUGGUACUACCCCUCCUUCACCUCCUCAAAGGCACCACAAAGCCGUUUGAGCUACCAUCAUCUGGAAACAUGAAGACUGUCACUGCCUGGGCAGGUUUGCAAGGCCUUGAAAUGAGUUCCUCAACAACAACAUACAUGAACAGCCAAGAGAGAAAGGCUGUGGUAAAUAUAAUGAAAAGCAACAGUCACUUGAUGGAGGUAGAUGUGCUUGUUGUGAGAUCCUGCUUGUUCCUGAUGACAGUUGAUGGACUGAUGGAUUGUGUCACCAACAUUAAUGUUGAGCUUUUGGACACGCUUCAUAUUUUCACUGCAAAAACUCCUCAGGAGAUUUCCUAUAGUAACUUCCAGGCGGUGUCUGAUGUUCUCGCACACAUCCAAGCGCAACUAAUUGAAGAAAAAUACAGUUGUUUCACUGAGGCCUAUAGGAGGGAGUGUCUGACAAGAUCAGUGAAGCUGUUAGAGACGAUCUGCAAAGCAGUCAAAUCAGCAUCGUACUCCCAGGACUACACUAAUAUUCCUGUAGCCUGCAUGAAUCUGGUUGCAUCAGUCUCAGACUUUGUUCAUUGUAACAAACAACAGGAGACUCAAGAAGGGAACAAAGAGCAACAUGCGGAACACUUGAUAUCUCAGGCAACCAACUUUAUGAGAAACUGGAUUAAUCGGUCGUUCAGGGACCGAUUGCUCAAAAGGUCAAUGAUGUACAACAUUGAUGCCACAAGGGAGAUUGAAAUGUGGAACAACAUACUUGCCAUCCACUUCAAGGAUGAAGAUUGCACAAAAGAGUGGAGAGAGAAUUUCACAAUGGAUUUUGAGGGCAAGUACCGCCAGGAAUCUACUUUGGAUCAAGUUGAAUUCUACUGCACAAAGAUAGAAGAACUCAGUGGUUCCCUUCCACAUGUUUCUGGUAGUAUUGAGAAGUGUGCUCUUGAUGCGGUUACUUCUUUGUGCCAGACCAAGUCAGAGGCUAGACUCUUUGAAAGUAUGAAGAUAAGCUGGAAAUUUGGGAAACUCAUCUCAGCCAUCAUCCAGAAAUCAUGGCCAAGGGACCAUCAAGGAAACUAUGAGGAAGAUGAAGAAGUCAUUCUUAGACACCUCCUCUCCUGGACAGCUGCCAAAAACAUUUUUCAACUACAUGGUGCAGAAGAACAGCUGAUUGAGCAGCUCUCAUCAGAUGCCAGGGACAGAUUUGCCAUUGCCAUAUCGUCCAUCACGGACAUCACCAAUCAACUGGUUCACGGACGCAUACAAAUCAACCUGCUCAAAAUCAUUCUGAAGCGAAAAGAUGCCUUCUUAGAACUGCUGAAAAUUGAUUGCCUCUCUGAGAAUGAACAAUACAAAAACAAUGCCAAAAUGAGGAGACUGCUGCAGUGCAGAGAAGAUGAAGUGAAAGCUGUGUAUCAUGAGAAGGAUCUUGUGGAUGUUUUCUUAACAAUGAACCACAAACUCGAGGAACAUAUGACAGUUGAUGUUGCCAGCAUUGAAGAGAAACAAGGGGUCAAUGUUGAAAUCGAGCCCCUGAAUUAUUUUAUGGAGGUUCAUCAAUUUGAUCAACUGCCCUCUGAGAUGGCCGGUGUUGUCACCUACUUUGAUCUGGAUGACAGAAUUAGACAAAUGGCAGAGGCUCUACUCGCAUUCAGAGACAGUUACAUUUUCAAAGUGUGUUGGGAGAAACAAGCCAAGCGCUUUGCUGCUGAAGAAUUUGAAGACAAUGACGAUCCUAAUGAACAGAAAGUAGCGGACGUUAUGGCAACACCAGAAAUGAUUCAUGAUGAAAUCUUCGUGCCUUGCGAUGCAGAUUACAAAGGCAUCUACAUUCGCCUGAAGAAUGGUAGUAUCACGCUCGAAGAAGUCAACCAGCUCAUGGAAGCAUACAAGGGCAAAUACUUAGAGCUUGCACAGGACCUGGACAUCAUGUGCAGAAUUGAUAAAUCAACUGAAAAACAGUGGAUCCACAACAGGGUUCAACAGAUUGAGCAGUAUCAUGAGCUUCAUCUAGCUGUGGCCUCAGCCCAAAUCAUCAUGAUGGUCAAAGAGACACUUUGUCUUCAAGGAGACUUCAGGGUUCUUGAGACUCUAACAAAAGUAAGUCAAGCAGCCUUUCAGACAGAGCAGCUCAGUCGUAUUGACAAUGAAUUGAUGCAGACAAAGAAGGUACUGGUGGACAUCACUGAGCCCCGCAGAUUGUGCCUACAUGAGCUAGCACUCCGGGGACAUUUUGUAAAAUGGGUUAAAGAUGCUCUUGAAGAUAUCAAUGAGUUAAAAGUGUUUGUUGACUUGGCUUCCAUCUCUGCGGGAGAGAAUGACAUGGAUGUGGACCGUGUAGCUUGCUUCCAUGAUGCUGUCCUUGGCUACUCUCCAUUGCUUUAUGAGCUCAAACCGGACUCUGGGUUUCCUGUCUUCAAAGAGGUGCUGCAGAAGCUCUGGAGGGCUCUAGAGAGUGAUAACAACCUCCCGAAAAAAUUGCGGGACAGUGCUCGACAUUUGGAAUGGCUGAGGACUGUAAAGGACAGUCAUGGGUCAGUGGAGCUGUCAUCUCUCUCGUUAGCAUCAGCGAUCAACAACAAGGGUGUCUAUGUGAUCAGUGCACAAAAUGUCAAAAUGUUAAGUCUUGAUACCGCUGUGAAACUGCAAAUUCCUGAGGAGCAUGAUGAGUGUCGAAACAUGCGCUGGUACUCUCUGGAAGACCUGCGGGAGCUGCAGAAUAAACUCAUGCUGAUGUCGGGGAAAGGAGAUCAAGGACAGAAUGACGUUGAUCAUUUUGCAGAGGUUUUUGCCAGUGUUCAGAGACUAGCAGAAGCAUUUAUAGCCCUCCAUGCCGCAGGGAAUCCUCUGUUCAGAAACUGGGAAGCCCAAAUCACCUGCUGUUUCAGCAACAAUGUACCCAGCAUUAUGAUGGACUUUAACCUGGGCAGUGUUCUCAGUACUGUCAUUGUAGAUGGUAGCUUAGAGGAGCAGCUUCCAGAGCUUUGCAGGAAAAUGGAGAAAUGCCUGGACUACUGGAUGGAUUUUGUAGACAAGCAACGAUCGCAAUAUUACUACCUUAACUACUACACAGCAGAACAGAUUGUUUACCUGUGCAGCAAACUGACUCAGCAAAAUGUGACCAAUGUGGAGGACCAAGUCCUCAUGAUGCUCUCAUUUAUCAAGCAAAAUUGCACAGCCUCAGACUUGAGGCAAGUAUGGCAUGCACUCCAGUAUGAAGUCCUCACAAAACCGCAAGAGCAAAAUGAGGACAUUGAGUUUCAGACUUUUGUUGUGUUGCCAAAUGAGCCAGGUGACCCUGAGUCCACCAGCGAACUGGAACAUCUGCCAAGUCUUGUGGAACAAACAAAUGCAAUCCAAAAAUUUGAUCUUGUAUGGAAUACGUACAUGAAAGACAUGAAGAAUUUUCUUCCAGACAUUCUCGAUAUGAAGAGUUUGGGACUACUGUUGGAAAUACUAGCUAACAGAAACGUUGAGAGUGAAGAAGAGAGUGAAGAAGACCUUUCCGAUGAUUACAUUGGAAAUUUAAAUUUAAUAAUAAGGCAGCUGCCUAAAGGAUUGGUCACUGGAAGUCCCAACCUCAUUAUUUGCCCACAGGAGGAGGUCUUGACAUCUUGCAUCUCCAUUUACAUGAGCAGUAAAGGCGUGACACUUCCCACCUAUGAUGAAGUGUUGCUUUGCAACUCCUCAACACCAUAUGAACAGGUGGAGCUAUUCCUCAGACGCUGUCUCAGCACAGGCUACCAAGGACAGAAAAUAUACUCUCUGCUGUAUGGAGAUCUGCUGGCUUAUGAUGUGAGCUCUAAACUUGAAAACUUUUUUCAGCGAAUGAAAAUGCAGAGCAGGAAAGAUUAUAGACUUGUCAUCAUCUGCAGCUCAGAAAGAGAACAUGCCUACCUUCCAUCAGCCUUCAGCCAGUACAGAUUGCACAUGAUUCCCCAAGAGCCAGUGGCAAGAAUCCAAAGUUACCUCUGCAAACACUAUACUGUUCCGGCAUAUCAGUCUAGUGCCGCAGCUGCAUUCAAAGAUAGACUGUGUGUUGGUGUUGUUUCAUCCAAAAGGGCUGGCGUUGGUAAAUCUCUCUACAUCAAGAGGCUGUAUGCGAAACUGAAGCACUCAACCAAAAAACCGUCCAUGUUGAAAUGCAUCCGCUUGAUUGAACCUAAAAUAGAUGAGAAUGUUGUCCUUCAGUCUCUUUUGGACACCCCCAAGAGUAAAGAACUCACAGUGUUUCAUUUUGAUGUCACAUCAUCGGUGCAGAAAGGCCUCCAUGAGUUUCUUUUCAAACUGCUGAUCCUGCGCUACUUAAUGGAUUCUGAGGGAAAGAUGUGGAAAUGCAAUGACAAGCAGCUGUAUGUCAUAGAGUGUUUAGAACCAUCGGUCAAAUCAAGCAGAAAUACAUCACGGCAGGCUCAAAAUGUGCCCAACAGCCCAUUCAUGAAAGUGUUCCCAAAUAUUUACUGUCAACCACCCAAAGAAGUUCUAAUGCUAGAGAUGAGGAAGCAAGACGAUCCUACCACUGUGAGCACUGAUGAGCCAUUAAUGGAUGAUGAAGAAUUCAGGAGUGCAGCAUUUCAGCGGCCAUUUCAGUAUCUCACAAGAUUUCAUAAUCACAUUAAUCUUGACGUGUUCACGUACACAGGGGUUGAAGGAUCACACAUAGAAUGCCUUCAGAUGCUUCUCAUGUACUGUGGAAUCAUAGACCCAUCCUGGGCAGAGCUGAGAAAUUUUGCAUGGUUUCUGAACCUUCAGCUGCAAGACUGCGAGACAUCUGUUUUUUGCGAUGCCACUUUCACUGGAGACACGCUAGCUGGAUUCAAAACAUUUGUGGUGGACUUCAUGAUUCUAAUGGCAAAGGACUUUGCCACUCCGUCGCUUAGUAUCUCUGACCAGAGUCCUGGCAGGCUGCAGGUGGACUUAACUGGUCUAAGAGAUGAAGACUUGGCUCCUUUUCUGAUUAGAAAGAGAUGGGAAACAGAACCACAUCCAUACCUUUUUUUCAAUGAUGACCAUGUGUCCAUGACUUUCAUCGGUUUUCAUCUUCAGCUCAAUGAACAAAACUUUGUCGAUGCAAUUGAGCCUAACACUGGAAGGGUGAUAAAAAAUAAUGUCAUGACAAAGGCAUUGUACGAAGGCCUGAAAUUACAGAGAGUCCCAUUCGACAUUAACUUUGAUGACCUGCCAAGAGGGGAGAAAAUAGAGCGAAUCUGCAAUGUUCUUGGUAUUCAAUGGCCUCUUGACCCAGAUGAAACAUAUGAACUUACAACAGACAACAUACUGAAGAUGCUGGCAAUCCACAUGCGAUUCAGGUGUGGCAUCCCGGUCAUUAUCAUGGGUGAAACAGGCUGUGGUAAGACAAGACUAAUCAAAUUCCUCUGUGAGUUGCGAAGGAGUGGAGUGGCAUCUGAAAACAUGAAGCUGGUCAAGGUGCAUGGAGGGACAACUUCAGAGAUGAUUUACACUAAGGUCCAAGAAGCAGAAGUCAUUGCGUCUGUCAACAAGCAAGACUAUGGGUUUGACUCUGUUCUCUUUUUUGAUGAGGCAAACACUACAGAGGCUAUCAGCAGUAUUAAGGAGGUCCUCUGUGACAAGACAGUCAAGGGAAAAAGGUUGACCCCAAACUGUGGAUUGCAGAUUAUUGCAGCAUGCAACCCUUACCGAAAACACACAGAUGAGAUGAUUCAGAGAUUAGAAUCUGCUGGUCUUGGCUACAGAGUUCGAGCUGAAGAAACAGAUGAAAAGCUUGGAUCCAUCCCUCUCCGUCAGUUAGUGUAUAGAGUUCAAGCAUUGCCGCCAAGCAUGAUCCCUUUGGUGUGGGACUUUGGUCAGUUGAACGAUCAAACAGAGAAAAUUUACAUCUGUCAGAUCGUGCAAAGAGUGAUUGAAAAUAAAGCACUCCAUCAAAGUUACAUCCAGUGUAUCACUAAUGCUCUUUCCGCCUCACAGAAGUUCAUGAGGACAAGAAAUGAUGAAUGCAGCUUUGUCAGCCUGAGAGAUGUUGAACGCUGCAUGCAGACAUUUGUUUGGUUCUAUGACAACCAUGUCAUGUUUUUCACAGAGCUUGAAGAAUUUGAGAGUGCGCAGAUGUCUGAUAAAAAUGAAAGGCAUCAGAAACUGAAUGAAGUCAGAGAUCCUGUUUUCUGGUCGCUAGUCAUGGCAAUUGGAGUGUGCUAUCAUGCCUGCCUAACAGAUAAAGACAAAUACAGACAGAAAAUCAGCAAAUACCUGCCAUCACCAUACAGCCCAGGAAAGGUUUUGCAGGAAAUUUCACUCAUGCAAGACCUUCUUUUAAGUGGUGUACCAAUGGGGGAUACUAUUGCAAGAAACAAUGCUCUCAAAGAGAAUGUUUUCAUGAUGGUUCUCUGCAUUGAGCUAAGAAUCCCUCUUUUCUUAGUUGGAAAACCUGGAAGUUCAAAAUCCUUGUCUAAAACUCUCGUGGCAGAUGCAAUGCAGGGCCAAGCUGCUCAUUCUGACCUCUACAAGAAACUGAAACAGAUCCAUUUGGUAUCCUUUCAGUGCAGCCCCCACUCAACACCAGAAGGCAUCAUUAAUACAUUCAAGCAAUGCGGACGCUUUCAGGAAGGAAAGAAUUUGGAUGAAUACAUUUCAGUUGUGGUUCUUGAUGAGAUUGGCCUGGCUGAGGACUCUCCAAAGAUGCCUCUGAAAACGCUUCACCCACUACUAGAAGAGGGCUGCAUUGACGAUGAGCCGCUACCACACAAAAAGGUUGGUUUCAUUGGUAUCUCCAACUGGGCUUUAGAUCCUGCAAAGAUGAACAGAGGGAUCUUUGUCUCUCGUGGAGACCCUGAUGAGAGGGAACUUAUAGAAAGUGCUAAAGGCAUAUGUUCAUCUGAUGCAAUGGUUUUGGAAAAGGUCAGGGAUCUCUUCCAGCCCUUUGCAAGAUCCUACUUGAACAUCUGCCGUAAGCAAGGCAAAGGCUUCUUUGGAUUACGUGACUAUUACAGCUUGAUCAAGAUGAUUUUUGCAGUUGCCAAGAUUUCUCAGCGGAAACCCACACCAGAGGAAACUGUAAAGGCAGUAUUGCGAAAUUUCAGUGGCAAGGAUGAAGUAGAUGCAGUUGCUGUGUUUAUCAAAAGACUCCAGAUUUCACCCAACCGGGAGAACCUCAGUGCCAUUGAGUUUGUGAGAGAAAACAUGCAUUCAGUUGGACAGGAAGAAGAGUGUCGUUACUUGCUGGUGCUAACCAAAAACUAUGCAGCCCUGCAAAUCCUACAGCAAACCUUCUUCUCAGAAAGUGUUCAGCCAGAAAUAAUCUUUGGAUCCAGCUUCCCAAAAGACCAGGAAUAUACCCAAAUCUGCCGCAACAUCAACAGAGUGAAGAUCUGUAUGGAGACAGGUCAAACAGUUGUGCUUCUAAAUUUGCAGAACCUCUACGAAAGUCUGUAUGAUGCUCUCAACCAAUACUACGUCUGCUUGGGAGGACAGAAAUAUGUUGACCUUGGACUGGGAACCCACCGUGUGAAAUGCAGGGUGCACAAAGACUUUCGCUUAAUUGUCAUUGAGGAAAGAGAGACUGUGUACAAACAGUUCCCAAUACCUCUCAUCAACAGACUGGAGAAACACUACCUGGACAUCCACACUGUCCUUAAAGCUGAGCAGAAGAGGAUGGUGGAAGAGUUGGAGAGAUGGGUGAGCGUUUUUGUGUCUCUCCGGAGUCAAAAUGUAGCAAUGAUUCCUGCAUACAAGUACCAGCCCCCAGAUGUCUUCAUUGGCUACCACUCAGACACAUGUGCUACUGUGAUUCUUCAAGUAAUGGAGAAGCAGAAGGAAAGUAUGGAAAUCUCAGAUCCUGAAAAGCGACUACUGGAUGAAGGUAAACUCAUACUGCUCAAAUGUGCAACACCAGACUCAGUGGUGCGGUUGGACUGCACAGGCCUUCCUAAAGUAGAGAGUGAACAUCUGGCUAGAGUGUAUUUUGAAGAGCAGAAUAACAGCUGUUUGGCAGACUACAUUCUUGAUCAGACAAGGCAGGCAGUUCAUAGCUGCUCCUCCUUCACAGAGGUGACAACAUUCUCCAGACUUUUGACAACAUCUGACUUGGAACCAAUGGAAAAAAUGUUUCAAAGUAUUGAGCUACUCUCACUCCAGCAGUUUGACACAGAGCACUCCUUCCUGAAAAAGAUCAGGAACUUCCUUACUUCUGACAAGGGAAGUAGUAGCAUUGGAUCCUGCAACAAGAUUCUCAUCAUUCAAUGUGACUUUGAUGAAGCCUCUCACAGUGCCAAUCUCAUUGCAUCUGCAAAGUAUUCGUCCAUAAAUGAAGUAAACAAAAUAACCCAGGAGGGCACAGGAUGUGUGUUCUUCUACUUCAUCACAAGACUACCAAGAAUGGAAGGAGGAACUUCGUAUACUGGCUUUCAUGGAGGUCCGUGGAGAUCAGUUCACAUUGACGACCUCAGACGGUCGAAAGACAUUGUUUCUGACAUCAAGGUCUUACAAAACUUGACUAUCAGUCAAAUGUUUGAAACAAAGAUAAGUCAGCCUGAAGCUAUGGAGGUGAAUGAUAUGGACACAGAGAAUGAGCUGGAGGAAAUGGAGUUGGAGGGAAAUGGCUGGGACACAGUCUUGGACACAACAGCAGUACUGAGGAGCUGUGUGCAGAGUGCAGUGGGCAUGCUGAGGGACCAAGUAGAAAGUGGCCUGCGCAGUACUCAGAGAGUUGAGGUCCUGCUGACACUCCUCAGUGACAGUAAUGAAGUAAAUGGUGAAUUCCUACAAUCUGUCAAAAGGCAUCUUCACUCAUUGCUGGCGAAUUAUGAUGGUAACAACCUCUCAUCCAUCAACAGCAACUGGGUCAUUAAGGAGGCCUCAAACAUUGAUGCCUUGCAGGAAGGAGGCACAUUCAGGCACACCUUAUGGAAGCGUAUUCAAGCUGUAGUCACUCCCUUCUUCGCACAAUUGAUUUCAGUGAUUGAUCGUGACCAAAACUUGGAUAUCCUGCUUGAUAGUAACUGUGGCGAAGCUGUUAAGAGGCUGUGGUUGGAUAUCUUUGGCAAUGAUAAGCUUCUGGAAAUUCCCCACCUAACAAUGGACAACAACUCUGAUUCAAGAACAAUCCUUGUUCUAAACUAUAUCGCCCAAGACAAGAACUUGAGCUGCAGCAUGCCAUUCAGUUGGAGGAUCAAGGACUAUCUUGAGGAACUCUGGGUUCAUUUGCUUCAGCAUGAAAGCCAAGCUCAAAAAGAGUUUGUGGAGUUGUUUUGGAAAACACCACUUGGACGGUACAUUGCCAAAGCAGACUCUGAGAUACAAACAGAGUUUUUUCAACGCUACAUUCAGGAUUUCAUCUCCAUGACGAUGACUGUGACUUGUCCGGAAGAUCUGCAGCUCCUGUCGCAUGCCUUACGUUGUUGUGUUAAUGAGCUGCAAAUAAAGCUCAGUGACACUGAAACAGUGACCUCUCUUCCCUGGAUCCAUGUUGCUUAUCAUGAGUUUAAAAACCGGCUGCAGAACCUUUCAAGAAUGAUCUGUAUUGAGCCCCAAGUGACCCAUGAUCUCUUGAGGAAUCCUCACGCCCAAGAUGGGGUUGAACUGAUUCUUGAUGUGUUUGCUGCUUUUGCGUGUGUGGAGUACCUUGAACCUAAAGUCCUAGACACAGAUGCCCAAAGGCAAGCCUGGCUCAGGCAGGUCAAAAAACUCCAGGUUCCCAUUGAGUUAAUCUGCUCAGAGGACACCAUAAGACACUAUGGAGAAAGAAGCAAGGUCAUUGCAUGUAGAGUCCAAGCUAGAUGGAAUCGGAUAUUUUCUCUGUCUCUGUUUGUUGAGCACAUGUUUGACAUGGAUGAGAAUAAGCUUACACCUCUAGUUUUGGGGCAUACCAAAAGACUUGGCCAGAUUCUGGAGGAAAGUUCAGACCUCAAAACCCAGCAGUCUUUUGAGGCAGUUAUUCGAUUGCUGAAAAACUGCAAAGAUGAAGCUGUUGAACACAUCUUCAGGUUUGGCCAUAAAAUCUGCCCAGUGUGUAUGGGAGACCCAAAAGAUCCACUCUGUCUUCCAUGUGAUCACAUCUACUGUGUAGCCUGCAUCAAGCAGUGGUUGAUCCCAGGUCAAAUGUACUGUCCUCUUUGCAUGCAACCAGUCGAUGAUGACUUCCCCAUGGUUUCUUCAGAUGCCAUGAGGCUUCUCAUCAACCAACAUGCUCAAUUCCGGAAGCAGUGCAACACCUUCUUCAUAGACCUGGUGUCUACUGUGUGCUUCAGGGACAACUCUCCUCCCUCUUCGGAAGUCAUUCUAAUUUUGCUGUCCUUUCUCAUGGUGGAGGCAAACUCAGUUCGCAUUCUCAAUGUCAAUCGACAAGUUCUCACAAAGGUGCUCUCUCCAUUUGAUGACUCUGUGGAUAAAAAUCCAGUGGUUCGAUCAGUUGUGCUGAAACUCCUGCUAAAAUACAGCUUUGAUGAGGUCAAAUGUUACUUGCAGGAGCAUCUAACGGUGAUUGAGCGGAGCCAAAUAUUGGAGGGGACAGACAAAACUGAACUCUACUGCUUGUACAUUAACUGCUUGGAGGAUUCCAUGUUUGAGAGGUUGCAGUUCAGGUCCAGUGCAGACCAGCAGGUGUGUCUGCAAAAAGAAAGUGCUUUUCUGACUGACUACCUGCAGUCACGUGCUCAUUCUGCUGAAACGGCCACUGUGGAAUAUCUGCAGCAGGUGGCCAGAGUGCGUAUGGACCUGGAUAUGGCUGUUUGCCUCAUCCUGAAAAAUCUGAGAUCCACUGGGUCAAGAAAAGGGGAUCAAAGUGGAACCACAGCCUUCCUGACCAGUGUGGUGAACUUGUGCAAGCACAGUGGAAACGACUGGUAUCGCGUUUACUUGAUCCGUAAGAUCGGCAGCCAACAUGGAGUGGAGUUUGUCUUGAAACUCCUCAAAGAUAACAAAUUGGACUGGCUCUUCCCUGAAGAAGCCCUGCAAAAAAGUGAAGAAGCCACUACAAUAGACCAGUAUCUUGUAUGUGGAGAAGACUACAAAGCUAUCAGAGAUGCAGUUGCAAAGGCAGUGAUGGAUGGCAAAAUGGACGGACUGGAUGAGGCUUGUGAGAGAUGCGGAUGCUUACCACAGAGGAAAACAGUUUAUCUCCUGUUGGCGCUGUACAGAGAAGUCACCACUCUCUACAGAGAAGCCAAUGUUGCAUUCCUUCCGAAGCCUGAGCUAUUAGACGCCCUGAUGGCCUACGUUGAGACCUCCAAAUACCUUGGCAGCGCAUUGGUGAAGCCCUUUGCUUUGGCUCUUUUGACAAACCAACUCGGGCUGUUGACUGUUGGUCCUAGGGCUUCUGGUGCCCAGCGUGUGUUGUGGGACUUGACGGUUCACCUGACUGCUGUCUUGCUUUGUGGGAACCAGGGGAUCUUAGGUCCUCUCCAGCAACUUGCUCAGACACCUGUGAACAUGCAGGCUGCCUUCUUGCCGACCAUGCCUGAGGACAUGUUAGCAGUGGCUCAACAAGCGUUGGGACAGUUGCAGUGGUACUAUUGUCCAAAUGGUCACCCCUGCACCAUUGGAGAGUGUGGCCAGCCCAUGCAAAUAAGUCAUUGUUUAGACUGUGGAGUUGUGAUUGGAGGAAACAACCACAUCCCCGUGGCGGGAUUUCAAGUUGCCCAAGGGCGAGCUGACCGUACCCAGACAGGCCACAUCCUUGGGGACCCAGGUCGUAGGGGCAGUCCAGAUAUGCUGGACACAAAGAGUAUUUCCCCCUUUCCUUUCAACAUUGUGCGCAUGCUCACUCACAUGGCCAUGCUGUUAGGUGCCUGCAACCAACCACAGUUUAUCUCUGCCAUCAUCAAGCCUCCAGUACCUGACCCAGGAGCUUUUCUCCUUGCUCACUUGCAAGAAGACCUGAAACAGUCAAUCAGGUCUCUGGGCAAAGGGACAGACGACACCGUCAGCACUAUUCACCUACUCAUCAGCAGUCUGCUGGAGCCUCAUCAGCAACAAACAUGGCCUGUUCCUAACAAUCAGCUCUCUACAAAAGAGGCUAGAAAUGGAUGGGAGGUGGAAGUGAGCAAUACUCUCAUCAUACCUCAACUGAAGCACUUAGAUAGAAGGCUAAAGGAAGUGAACACAUUCAUCCGGUCUGACUCGCGCAUCUCUGCCAAUCCAAUCAUGAAACUCGUGUUUGGCAAUCCUUGUCUCUUCUUGGCCUCACUUCCUCAAAAGUCCCUGAUCCAUGGUUCUGCUGUGUGGAACUGCAGGGAGAAAGUGUCUCUGCUCACCCUGUCUCGUGUUGUAGAGCAGAACGAUGGCAAAGACAUGCUGCCUGUACUCUGGAGAUUUCUGCAUAAAGAAGCAGAGCUCCGGCUGGUGAAGCACCUUCCCGACAUCCUCACACUGCAAAGGGAUCUGGUCAGGAAGUUUCAGAACAUCACUGAGCUGUCUUUUGGGACCAUUGCCGAAUUCCUCAACAGUCAGAAAGCAGUUAAGCUGAAAACCUGGUAUGAAAAAUACAUCAACAUCUUCCUGACAACCUGGAAUCAUCUCAGAGUGUCCUUGGCAACCAACGGUGAGAUUAAGAUCCCGCCAGAGUGUACUGAGAAGGAUCUGGACAUCAACAGUGAUUUUAAGGUGCUGUUACCACGGCGACAAGGCCCAGGUCUGUGCUCUACAGCACUAGUGAGCUACCUCAUCGCCUUGCACAAUGACCUGGUGUACUGUGUGGAUAAACACACUGGAGAGGAGACCAGCUACAAAGUGAGCCCUGCAGAUCUGAGUGGGCUGCAUGUGAUUCGGUACGAGCUGGAGAGGGACCUGAUAUCCCUGGUUCUCUCCAAUACUCAGUACAGCAUUGAGAGAGGUCAAGAGACGAUUCACGAGUAUGACCUGCCCAAGAUCCAGCAGCAGAUUGUGUCCCGCUUCCUGCUGGGGAAACCUCUCAUCACUCUCAAUGGUAUCCCAACACUCGUGAACAGACAAGACCGCAACUAUGAGAUCAUGCUGAAAGAUGUGAAAACAAAAGUGAAGCAAGAGCCUCUGCAGACUCUCACCCUGUUAUCUGUGGCCGGUGAGUUGCACUCGUACAGUGAGGUGUGUGAGGCUUUGUCCACACUGGAAGUAGCCCUUGGCUUUCUUGCCAUGACUGGGGGAGAUUCUCACAUGCAGCUAUCCUGCUACCUGGAGGAGGUUCUGCAGAUGGGGAACCAGAUGGCGCCACACGUUCUCAAGGCUCUGAGCAUGUGCUGUCUAAAGCAUUGUGUGGCACUAUGGCAACUGCUGUCAUCGCUCAAAUCAGAAAAUAUGCUGCGGCUGAAGAGGGACCCGUUUGUAGGAGUGUCGGAGAAAUACAAGCAGCCUCUGAGCGAGGAUGAACAAAGGCUCCUGACUGGUUUCUUUUCAAAGAGCAGCGCUGACGCUUUCCUGCUGGAGAUGCACGAGUUCCUGGUGCUGGACCUCAAAAAGCCCAAUGCGCCUGAUACCUUCAAUCCUGACUGGGGCUUAAAAAUCACACUCCUGUCUUACAUGGAGCGCAAAGACCUGGACGUCCCCCCUGAUGUGGAGGAGCUCUUCCCAGAUGAGAUCUGCCUGUCCCGUUAUGUGGAAGCCUGGAAGUUCAUUAUUGCCUUCAAGCAGGAUUGUGGACAGAGGCAGUGAAGUCCAGGUGAAAAAUGGUCGACUUUUUUUUAUUUUUUUUAUUCCUGCCUUCUUUCUUUGACAUCAUCGAAUCCCUCAGAUUAUGUUUACAAACCUGAUGUGGGUCUGAACGCGUAAUAUAAUCAGUGUUUUAUGCACAUUUAUGCAGAGAUGUGCCUUUUUAUGUGCACUCAUAUUAAUCUUAAUGGUGCAACAGAAUAUGUAUAAUGGUUCACAAAGGUAGAGUUGUAUUGUUGUUUGUUUUGGUUUAUCAUGUUUUGUACGAUUUUAUUUUUCAUUUUAUUGCGCAAAGAGAGUCGGUGAGACGGUGGAAAAGUCUUUUUUUCCUUGCACUUAACAUGAUUGUGAAGAGAAAAAACAGAAUUCUACUCAGGGACAAACCGAUCUAAAUCACUUAAUUUUUUUGUAAACUCUACUUCAUCAUUCCACUUUCUUGUACGUCAGUGUUGUUCAAUUGUUCUGUUUUUGUGUUAUGUCAUUUUUCUUCACAGAUUUGCUGGCUUAAAAAAAAGAUUUACAUGUAUUUGUUGUUGCUUUUUGGUUCUUCGUCAAUGAUCAGCAUAAUGUUAAAAAGGGAUAGAAAUAUAUAUAGCUACAAUAAAACACAUUUCAAUCA